AUGAAGUCGACACUGUUCGCUGGUACGGCGACGGCACUGGUGGCGAUGCUUGCCAUCUCCACGACAUCCGCUGUGCCCGUCGGCAUGGAGAAGCGACUGAUGAUGGCAUUGUCGCUGGAUGCACAGCCUACGUUGCCUGCACUGGACCUGGGACUGCUACCGACGCCUACGCUGCCAGCCGUCGCGGGGCAGAUCGAGAGCAUGAUCACCCAAGUCAUUGACGGCGUUACGCAGCUCAUCCCCACCAUGAUCCCUACGCCCACGGCACCCAUGAUCGUCGCGGGUCUUUCACCCGACAUCGUCGUUGCCGCACCCACCCCGGAUGCACAGAUGGAGGCGGACGUGGUGGGAAAGCUUGCGCUGAAUGCGCUUGGAUCGUUCCCCGCCAUGCUCAUGAAGAACCUCGCCGAGAUCCAAAGUGUCGCUAGCUCGAUCAUCUCGGUCGCUGCCACCGCGACACCCGUGGCGGUCGAGUACGUCACCACGGAGAACGGCAAGGAAUGUACCAAGACGUCGACGAUCCCCGUGCCGACGUUCGCGACGACGGGCGUGAUCAACCCGCUCUCGAUCCUUGCACAGGCGCUCCCGAACCCCACGCCCAUCAUGCAGGAGGUGACGUCGGUGAUCGGUGGUGUGACAUCGAUUCUCAAGUUGCCGGCUGCUCCUGCGCCUACGGAUCUGCUGCCGCUGCUCGGCUCGAUGCAGCUGCCCGAGAUCGACCUGCCGAUGCUCAUGGGCAACAAGCAGGACGCCUGCAUCAAGGACGGCAACGGCAACAUGAUCGGCCUCUGCGGCAACGGCGCCGUCAUCAAGGACAGCGAAACCAUCGCUCUCUAA